AUGAUUAAUACUGUCCACCUGAACUUAUCAAAUACUUUUCAACAUUUGGAUUGUCAUAUUACUACUAACACUGAUAUUAACACUACUAACACUGAUAUUAACAGUAUAGUUAAUGUAUCCUGGUAUAGAGACAAUGGUAAUGAGAACAGACUAGUAUCAGACAGUGAAGGAGUAUCUAUACUACCCAUUGUGUCUGUUACAUAUACAUCAUUCAACAGUACAUUGAGGUUCAGUCCAAUAACAUCAUCAACUCCAGUAUCAACACUUGGUAAUUACACUUGUGUAGCAUGGAUAGGAGGACAAUCAGUUAGAAUUAAAACAUCAAAUAAUGUACAAGUUACAAUGAAAAUCAAUAAUUCUAGAGAUGUUGUUAGUAUGUCUCUAUUGAAUGAAUAUACAGCUGGAGACAGUUUUAAUGCAACUUGUAUGAUUACUGCUCAUCAAUUAUCACCUCCUAUUGCUAGUAAAGCAACCAUUAACAUUAUACACAACAGCAGUAUCAUUAGGUCAGGUGUAGCUGAUAUUGGUACCACUGGUAGUCACAAACGAUCUUUAAACAUUCCCUUUACUAAUUUGAAAUUAUCACGAUCAGGAGAAUAUAUGUGUCACUAUAUUCGUAGUAAUAAUUCAUUUGUUCAACCAAGUGAUGUUAAAUCAACUGCUACUGAACUAAAUAUUAGAAUUCCAAUUGACAGUACGUCACUGGUUCUCAAACCUACAGAAUCCUAUUAUGAAGCUGGUAAUAAUAUUACUCUCUCUUGUAAAGUUACUAAGCCUAACUCGCCGCUGGUUGAUACUGUUGUGAAUAUGAAAUGGAGUUCUAAUACAAAUAUUUCCCAGCAAUAUUCCAUUCACCCGUACAGUAGCUAUUUCAACCAUAUUCUCACUAAUAUAAAGCUAUCUGAAGCCGGAGAAUACAGUUGUACAUAUUAUCUCAAUAGUACAACUAAUAAUCCUUAUAUUGUACCAAGUGAUGUCAGGACAGGAGUCACUAAUGUAAUUAUUAGAAUUCCUAAUGGUAAUAAUCCAUCAAUUACUCCGUUGUCUUCUUAUUAUAAUGUUGGUAACAGUAUUAGCCUCAUAUGCUCUGUCACUUAUCCACACUCUCCUCUUAUUGAUAUUGCUACUAAUGUGAACAUACAAUGGCUCAAUUCCUCUAAUCACACUCUACACUCAUAUACUGGUAUCAAUAAUAAUACUGAACACACUAUCAGCUACACUAUCAACAAUGUGUCAUUGUCUGAUGCUGGAGAAUAUACUUGCCAGUACAAUGUAUCAAGUACUGACAGCUCAUUUGUUCUAUCCAGUGGAUACAUGACAGCUUCAACUAAUGUUUCAAUUCAAAUUCCAAACAACAAGGUUCCAGUAAUUACUCUCAUUCCUCAUCAGUCUGUGUAUGAUGCUGGUAGUGACAUUACCCUCUCAUGUUCUGUCACUUAUCCAUACUCUUCCUUCAUUGAUGUCGAUACUAAUUUGACUCUACAAUGGUUCAAUUCAUCUAAUCACACUCUUAACUCCAGUACCAUUAUCAAUGAUAAUAAUGGACACACUCUUACCUACACUAUUAGUAAUGCAAGACUAUCUGAUGCUGGACUGUAUACUUGUUCCUUCUUCAUUAAUAGUGUCCCUCAUAUAGUUACAAGUGAUACUACCAUGAACUCCAUCAUAAUUAGUAUCAAAAGUAAGAAAAGUGAUACAGUACAAUGGAAACUGAAUGGAACUAACAUUAGUAAUGAUACUUAUUACAAUAUCAAUACUACUAGUGGUACACUGACUAUACAAGAAGUGAGGAGCACUGAUACUGGAAACUAUACUUGUGGUUCAGGAAGCAUUUCUAUAAUAGUGAAAAUACCUGAUAUCAAUGUUACUGGUCAAUACACUGACCUUACUGUUGGUAGUAGUGCCAGUAUUAACUGUACUACAAUGCCCUCCAUCCCUAACAGUGUAAUAAAAUGGGAUCCGUCAUCAUUCAACACUGAUAGCAAUGAAUUGAUCAUUAAUCCAGUGAUGCUCUCUCAUAAUAACAACACAUUCACUUGUGUGGUAUCAUCAAAUUUACUGGCUAUGAAUCUGACCAAGUCUAUUACUAUUAGUGUAUUAGAUACCAGUGUCUCAUCUGUUACUGUCCAAUCAUUAUCAUCUUAUGUUAUUGGUGAUGAUGUAUCAAUAGUGUGUACUAUUAGUCUCACUAAUGCUAUUGGUCCUAAUGUUUCUUCACUUGUAGUGAACUGGUUUAAAAAUAAUGAAAUGAUAACAGAUGAUAUCAUUAAUACUGGUUCAUCAUCAACAUUUAAUAGUACCCUGACAUUAACACAGGUUUCACCAACUGUUGCUGGAGUAUAUACUUGUAAUGCAUCAAUUAAUGGAUCUAAUAUAGUAUUGUCUGAUUCAAAGCCUUUGUGUAUAAAAGUUAACAAAACUCUACCAUCAGUAACAGAAGAACUAUCCCCUGGUCAGUAUUAUUCAAUUGAUUGUAUCACUGGACCAGUACCUACUGGAGUAUCAGUAUCCUGGCUACUUACUAAUGGUUCUAUUUAUAGUAACAAUAAUACAAUAAUGAUACCAUCAAUACUACCAUCACAUAAUAAUAAUACACAAUAUAUUUGCAGAAUAAUGAUUGAGACUAAUCCUUCUGACUGUAGUACUCAAUCACAGGUCAUAACUUUUAGAAUAAAAGCUAUUUAUAUCAGUUCAGUGACUGUAGUACCUACUUCAAUAUUCAGUUCCAUUAAAUCUACAGCAGUACUGACCUGUACUGUUAAUCUUAAUACUGGGAUAGGUCCUGAUACAUCAUUCAUUAGUCAUUACUGGUAUCAGUAUAGCACUGAUAUUAGUAAUAGGAGUACACCACUGAUGAUUAAUGAUGACAGUAAGAGUCUAGUAACAACACUGAAUAUUACUAGUGUUCAACUCUUUGAUGCUGGAGUUAUAAUUAUAGCAAAUCAGAAGUUGUUGUAG